AUGACGCUCAGACGGCUCUUAAUGGCACCUGAUUUCUUGCACACUGAUGCCAAUAUAGUACAUACUGAUAUCAAAACCGACAAUCUAAUUCUUAACAUAGAGGAUAGCAGGAUGUUGGAUGACUUCGCGAGCGCGGAACUAGAUGACCCCAGCCCUCGGAAAAAGGUCGAUUCGUUCCCUACUAUCUACAAGAGCCGUCGAUUCCGCCCACUCGUUAAAGAGAAGGGCUACGGCCUCCCGACGUUGUGUGAUUUUGGCGAGGCACGAAUUGGAAAUGUCCAUGAAUUCGGCCCAUUUGUUCAACCUCAAAUUUACCGGGCCCCGGAGAUUAUAAUUGAGAUGCCGUGGGGAAGUGCUAUUGAUAUUUGGAAUGUAGGAUGUUUGUAUAUUUGGGAUCUCUUUGAAGGCGAACAUUUGUUCGCGGAUAUUUUUGAUACUAAAGGCGGCCAUGAUCCAUUCAAGCAUUUGGCGCUCAUGGUAGCCUUGAUUGGAGACCCACCGAGUGAAUUUGUCAAAUGCAGUGAGACAACCGAACAGUGCUUUGAUUCGAGAGGUAAGAAGGAAGCGUUUGGUUUUAAAUCCAGCCAGGUCGGUCUCACCGAAUUUCUCUCCUUUCCCCCUCCCCCCUUGCAUCCCGGCACUUUCCUUUUUCCUUAUCAUUGCCCUCCCCCUCCUCUCCUCUCUUCAUCUCGUUUUCAAUUAUCCGAGAGGAUAUCUAUUAUGUCGUCGAGCAACCUUCCCCCCUCUGCUCUGGAACGCCAGGACACGUCGAAGUCGGCUGCGCGGGAUUCGUUUCACGAUGACAUCGGAAAGCCGGGGGCCUCGGCUCCUGGUGUUGUGGAAGAUGUUGUCGAGGUUGUCGACCAUAAGGCCGAGCGGGCUUUAUGCCUUCGGUUUGACCUCAGAUUGCUUCCGGUACUAGCGGUAAUGUAUCUCUUCAAUGCACUGGACAAGGGCAAUCUUGGAAAUGCACAAACAGACGGACUGAGCGAUGAUCUGGGCUUCAAAUCAAACGAAUACAAUCUCCUCCUAUCCAUUUUCUUCGUUCCAUAUGUCAUCUUUGCUCCUCCGUUUGCAAUGCUGGGCAAGCGCUUCAGCCCGGCCCGCGUCCUUCCCAUUCUCAUGUUCAGCUUCGGCUGCUUCACGCUCUUGUCGUCGGCAACUAAGAACUUCGGUGGCAUAUUUGCUCUGCGAUGGUUUCUCGGCAUGUCAGAGGCCGCUUUCUUCCCUCUCGUUAUCUACUAUCUCACGACUUUCUACCGUCGUGGUGAACUUGCCCGCCGUCUUGCCAUUUUCUAUGCGGCAUCUAACAUCGCGAACGCCUUCUCCGGCCUCAUCGCAUUCGGCGUCUUUCAGAUCAAGAACUCCAGUAUCCCGAACUGGCGGUACCUUUUCAUCAUUGAAGGUGCCGUGACCGUCCUCUUCGCCAUUUUUGCGUUCUGGUACCUCCCCCGCAGCGCCAGCGAAGCCAAAUUCCUAUCUGCCGAGGAGAAAGCGCUCGCCUUCCACCGAAUCCAAGUAGAUUCCAGCGCGGUCGUCAACGAACAGUUCCGGUUCCGCGAAGCCAUCGCUAUCUUCAAACACCCGUCCACUUAUUUUUUCCUGGGGAUUGAAAUCUGUCUCGGUGUGCCCCUACAAGGCGUCGCGCUCUUCAUGCCCCAGAUCAUCCAACGUCUCGGCUUCUCCACCGUCAAGACAAACCUCUACACCGUCGCCCCGAACGUCACGGGGGCCGUCAUGCUCCUAGUACUCGCCUUUGCAUCGGAUGCCGCCCGUCUCCGAUCCCCCUUCAUCGUCCUAGGCUUCCUCUUCACCUUCACCGGCUUCAUGAUCUACGCAUCGAUCGAUGACGUCGAGGGCAAAAUCCAAGUCGCCUACUUCGCAACCUUCAUGAUGACAUGGGGCACGUCCGCACCCUCCGUUCUGCUAUCAACCUGGUACAACAACAAUAUCGCGCACGAGGGCCGUCGCGUGCUCCUGACCAGUAUCGGUGUCCCGCUCGCAAACCUAAUGGGUCUCGUCAGCAGCAAUGUAUUCCGCACCCAAGACAAGCCCAAAUACAUGCCUGCGUUGAUCACGGUCGCUGCGUUCGGGGCCACGGGCGCCGCGCUGGCCGCGUCGUUGGGCCUGUUCAUGUGGUUCGAUAAUAAGCGACGGGAUCGCAGAUCGGGGCAGACUGUGAGGGCGCAGGAUGUGCCGACGGAGAGGCUGCGGGAUGGACCGGCUUGUGAGGAGUUUCGGUGGUUUUUGUGA